AUGUGGUGGUUGCUGGUUGGCAAAUUCCCUCUUCGCCAGACCAAGUCUUGUCCGCACUGUCCGCUCGCGACCUGCUUGGUCUAUCAUUCACCACCAUCAACCAUCGCCCACCAUUUUGGCCUGGUUGCCAUUUACCCUUUCGUCAACACCCCCAAGCUUCCUCAGCAGCAGCAACUUCUUCGAGAAGUUGCUGUCGCUGUGGCCAACAUCGCCACAACGGAUCGAGUACUUUACUACCAGCAGGCGGCGCCUCCGUCACCAGCUCCAUCGACCUCUGGUCAUAUCCCCGCCCAGCAGCAGCUGGCACCCCAGGCCUCGAUGAACGACCCAAACAUGUCGGCCGUGCCUCCCCCAAUGGUAGCACCAAUGGUGUCGAGUGCGGCUUCACAACAGCCCGUUUCGAGCUGGAGCACACCAGCACAACCGAACCAGGCUCCCUCACAACAGGGUCCUCCCCAACACGCGGCUCAUAACCCGCCGCCUCCCCCGCCGCCGGCAACCACUCCCGUCGCGAAGACGCGGGGCCCGAACGCGACUCCUUCCACUGCUAGGUCCAUUGCCCAGUCGCCUGCUCCAACCCUUCAGCCACCACCCGAGGGAAUAUACAGGUCCUUUGAGGAUCUUCUCUCAGCCGUCCAACAAUUCUCCAAAGAGCAGGGCUACGGUGUAGUCAAGCUACGCGCCUCCAACUAUCGCGAUGGAAAGCCUACACGUUACGACCUAGUCUGCGAUCGUGGAGGUGUUAAAUACUCGAGCACCGCCAAGAAACGGAAUCCCUCGACGCGCAAAGUUGAUUGCCCGUGGCGCGCCAAGGCCGUCUGUGAGGUGCAACUGAGCAACCAGUGGCGGUUUGCCGUGCAGGAAGCCCGGCACAAUCAUGAGCCUCGAAUGCCCGCCGUGCUACCUGGUCAAGAAAACACGCCCAUUGCACAGACGCUGCGCACCUUGGCCAACAAGAUUGAUCGUCUCAGCCAUGACGUCUCUCAGGGUUUCGGGAGCAUUCAAUCCAGGAUGGACAACCUCGAGAAACGCAUGGAGAAUCUCGAACAGAACCAGGCCAACCGUAACAUGAUGAGCGCCAUGGGUAACCCGCCUCUGGACAGUCGUCUUACCGGUAUGGACACGAGCCGAAUGAACAACAUGGAUGCUCGCGUGGGCGCCAUGGAGAGAGCCAACAUGAUGGAUCGUACCAACGGCAUGGAUCAUAUGGGUGGCAUGGACGACGUUGAGGCUAGGCUCUUGUCAACCUCGGUCAUGUAG